ACACUCGGCCGCCCGCUCUUCUGUUCCGCUCGGGAAGCCGACGCUGAUUGCAACGCACGCACGGGUGGCCUUCGAGGCUGUGACAGCCGCUUGGCCGAGAUGCUCCUCGAGAACGCUCAGCAACGCGCGGCGCAGGUCUGUAACUGAACAUGUCACUGAAACACACAGCCAAGCCUUCGCGGGGCAACAAGAAGAGUGAACUGGAACGAAAGAGGGACGAGAGGUCAGCGCGCAGGGCCCUCGCCAAGGCCCGUAAGAAUCCUCCUCAGGAUGGCGAGGAAGACGCGGAGUUUCUCACUUUCUCCACUCAGCUGCAGGCAAUGGGGCUGAAGCUGAGAGAAGUCCCCGGUGAUGGGAACUGCUUGUUCAGAGCUCUCGGAGACCAGUUAGAGGGUCACUCCCGAUCUCACCUGGAGCUACGUCAGGAGACCGUCCAGUAUAUGAUGUCCCACCGACAAGACUUCGAACCCUUUGUAGAGGACGAUAUUCCCUUCACGGAGCACUUAUCCAACCUGGCACAGCCUGGAACAUUUGCAGGCAAUGACGCAAUCGUGGCUUUUGCCCGCAGUCAGCAGGUGAAAGUGGUCAUCCAUCAGCUGAACACACCACUUUGGGAGAUAAACGGUACUGAGAAGCAGAUGUGCAGAGAACUACACAUUGCGUACCGCUACGGGGAUCAUUACGACAGCGUGAGGCGCAUCGGCGACAACUCAGAGAGCCGUGGUCAGCUACGCAUUCAGGUGUCAAACAAGCAGAGAAAAGAGGACAAAAGACAAGACAAGAAAAAGCGUCAAGAGGAACGCAAUCGACUCAAAGUCCUCAACAACAGAGGCGACCAGAACCGGAAUCAUCCAGAGGCGGUCACUUUAAUACCAGCUCUGAACACGCUCAGUAUAUGAGAAUGAUACAUGGACAACAAAAAAAAACUAACUGCAGGUGGAUGAUGCUUCCCCACAAGAAUUUGCACAGUCAGAUUUGACACAGUCCCAGUGGGUGACUCUCCGACAAACGUUAAGAGUGCCUGCAAACCGGUUUUUCGGGGAGCUUGGAAAAGACGCAGCUGGACAGACCUCAAUUUGGAGUGUUUUUGUGUCUGCGUCAAAUUCAAUACAUUUUUUGUUAGGAUUUGUGUGCGCGUGGUGACGGGUAACACACAAUGAUGAUUUCAUGAAGAAUGUUUUUGGUAGAAUUUGCCACAGGCUGAAUUCACUGUUUUUCAGAUGUGCAUAUCUUUGUUUGUUCCGUCAGACGAAAGGAAGAAAGGCAAGAGCCGGACAACUGUUAGGCACCUCUUUUAAAAGGACGUGUACUCCAACAGCAAAUUAUAUAUUCCAUAUAAUCUAGAAUUUGUCAUACAAUAUUCAUUUAUCUAGUCUUAUUUUCAGCAUUAUUUUUGUAUCAAAGUUCAUAGCAACACAACUAAGCAUUGCAAAGUGGAUGCCACAUUCUAAAAAAAAUAAAGGAAAAAAGAC